CCUCCCCUUCCCAUCCCGUCUCCCCAUCACCGCAACCAUGAGUUUCAUCCCCCUCAACCCGCGACCCAUGCUCCAAGGCCUCGUGAACAAGGACGUGAUUGUGCGCAUCAAGUGGGGACAAGAAUACUCGGGACGUCUGGUUUCGGUCGACUCGUAUAUGAAUAUUCAAUUGAGUGGGGCUGAGGAAAAGUCGCCUGAUGGACAUGAUGGAGGGGUUUUGGGACAGGUUUUGAUUAGAUGCAAUAAUGUCCUCUGGAUCUCGGCAAAGGAUAAGCAAGCAAAUGGAGACUCGGAGAUGGCGGGGUAGAAUCUCACGGAAGCGAAAUUUGGUUGAGAUUGGAUGGUGUGGAAUCAGAGGAAGAGAAGUGAAGAACCACAUUGGCGAGAACGAGAGAGUGAGAGAGAGGGAAAGAGGAAGGAGAAGAGAGAGAGAGAGAGAGCUGAGACGCUCCAGGAGCAAGCAAUAUGACUAGAAGAAUGCUCCGGAGGACAAAAUCUGCGCACUCAAAUCGCAUCCACCACACAGCAGUGAAGAACUGCUACGCGCGAGAGCAGACAGGCAUGAUGAUGGAGACUCCAUCGUGCAUGUAGGGAUAAAGGGCGAGAGAGAGAUCCGCGCGACGAAAAUCGAGCCCUGCAUGCUACCUACUUACCUACGACGCAUAUCAGGCGAGGACAGGAUAUGGGGAGGACGAGAGGCUACCUACUACUACCACGCAGGCUAUUAUCCUGUUUAGUAGCACACAAAAGUCUGAAA